AUGUGUCAUUUCAACGAGCGGAUUUGAACGAGGCCGAACCUUGACAAUUAAACCUUGGUACCAAUUCAAGAUGGGAAUUGUCUUUCCGACGGGCAAAAUGUCCCUCGUAUCGGUGACUGUGGCGCUGCUCGCCGUCAUCCUCAGCUCUUCUCAGGUGAGUGGGAACGAAGAUUGUCUGUGGUACGUGGAUAAAAAUGGCACCUGGCACAAUGGCUUCGACUGCCCUCUCAUUACGUUCUGCUGCGGGAACUGCCACCGGCGCUACUGCUGUCUCGACGCCUUCAAGAUGAUCACAGAGAGGGAGCAGAAGCGCUGCAUGCUCUUCCAGUUCAGCCCCACCACUUUGGCUGGCAUUGCAUCCUCCAUCCUCCUGUUUGUGGCCGUAAUUGCAACCAUGGUCUGUUGCUUCAUGUGCUCGUGCUGUUACCUGUACCAGAGAAGACAGCAGAGAGGCAGAACACCCUAUGAAGCCCAGCAUAUUCCUAUGGCCAGCUAUCCAGCAGAGCCCAUGUAUGAUGCCUAUGGAAAACCACUUGGACCCUCGGACUAUCCACAUGCAGGUUAUCCUAUGGCACCCCAGUAUCCUGGCAUGCCCCCACAGUACAUGAUGCACCCGGGACCUUACCACCCACACCCGGUGGAUCCCGUAUACAGCCAGGCCCCACCGCCAUACUCUCCACCUCAGUAUCCUGGUCACUGACGGGCUCAUCUGAACACGCUGUACACACAGUGGGAAACAACUGCAACUGAGAGAAAUGACUUUAAAAAAAAGAGAAGGCAGCAACACUCUUUCUCAUGCACACAUUCUAAUGCACACACUCAAAACUAAAUCUCGACUAGCAGUGGUUUUUCCUGUGAAGAACAGAAGGCACUUUAAGUUUUUUUUUCUUUUUCCUCUUAUUUAUGUUGUUUUACAGCAUUGCCCUACUUACCUACAGCGCCAGUGUAAAAUACUCCUAUGCAGCUGUUCUGUGCUCUUAAUGGCCCCAACAGCUUAUGAGUAGGCUUAAAGUCAUCCUUUAAGUAAAGAGAUAUGUGCAUCUUUCACUUUGACACACUCACCGCAAUAACAGGGUGUCAUCCACAGACAAGACUUGUCAGCAUUUAGAAAAGGUGUUUGAAGGGAUGUUCAAAAACAACAGUGCACUCCUUAUCGUGAUUUACUUCCUGGUUAAAUAUGAAGGAACUACCUGUAGCUAUAACCCAAGUUAGCUCUGCCACUGAUCCAAGUUCAACAUCUGUAGAACAGUGAACUAAUAUUAGUGCUGUUGAAGUUUAUUUAUUUUUGUUGUUUUUGUUGGUGUUGUUGUUUUGGCAAAUUAUUGCACUUGAUGCCAGUAUCAGACUGUGCAAGUUGGCUGAUUGCUGGUCUGUUCAGAUUACAUGACUUUUUUUGUAUUCUGCAUUUGGCUGUUCACAUGAUCUAAUUGAUUGCAGAUGGAAGGUCACACGUUACAGGAUCUGAAAGCAAUUUUGUUGCCUGACUGGUCUCUAAACCACAUUCCAUCAAUAAAAUACAUGGGAAUGAGGCAUAACCAAACACAAAAGUUAUUUAUUAAUUGCAAGUAGGGCUGGGCGAUUUUGGACAAAAAUAAAA